CAGCGAGGAUGCUUUAUAUACAUAAAUUAUACAUAUAUAUUUUCUGUUUAAUGUCUUAAUACUCUAGAUUUCUGUAAGUGUGCACAACUUGCAUUUCGCAUAAACGCCACGUGAGUUUGAAGCUGGAUUUCCCCGAUAGCUCGACUGCAGCGGCUUGCUAAAUUAGUUGCUGUUUUUAUUUUAGCAUCAGGUGCUAACAUAAACAGUACAAAAACCUCUCAGUAGAUGACGUUAUCAAGUUUUUCGUUGCGUUUACUAAUUAAUAAUACUAAUUUAACGUUAGUUAACCCUCAUGGAAACAGGAAACCAGUGCUCUCUGUUCACAUAAUGCUACAGUGGAUUAAAUCAAAUUUUUAGUUGUCUGCUCGCUCAGUGUAUCUCACUGGUAUCCCCAACAAACACACAGCUUUAACUACAUCAACACUCUACGGGCAGCUGGCUUGGAUAAACUUGCCAACAACCUACUGAUAAAUUAGCGCUAGUGCCACUUUGCCUUUGAUUCACAUUUAACCUGGUUAAGCCUAUUGGGCCUAUUAACGCAACUCUUCUUUUUAAAUAGUGUAACGCUAACGUACCCAACUAGCCGGAAGCAGCUGUUGCAUGUGUGGUGAGAAAGUCCAGAGAGACGACCAGCCAUGACUUCACUGGGGAGCAGCAGUUCCUCAGCCACAGAAUACACUGUGCGAGUCCCCAAAAACACCAGCAAGAAGUACAACAUCAUGGCUUUCAAUUCAGGAGACAGAGUCAACUGUUCAACCUGGACACAGGCUCGUAUGGAAAGAGACAUGAGUGCUCGGAGGAUAUAUGGGGAGGAAGAGACGCCGGAAGGAGCGGCUGGCAGCGAGUUUGGCAAAAAACAGCGUGAGGAAGCGCGGCGGAAGAAGUUUGGUAUUGUUACACGGGAGUUCAAAGUGGAGGACCAGCCCUGGAUUCUCAAGGUCAACGGCAAGGCCGGCAAGAGGUUCAAAGGUCAAAGGAAGGGUGGUGUUACAGAAAAUGCAUCCUACUACAUCUUUACACAGUGUCCUGAUGGAGCUUUUGAGGCCUUCCCUGUCCACGGCUGGUACAACUUUACACCGCUGGCCAAGCACCGAACUCUCACUGCUGAGGAGGCUGAGGAGGAGUGGGGCAGAAGGAACAAGGUGGUGAAUCACUUCAGCAUCAUGCUUCAGAGACGUUUCCGAGAGCAGGAGCGUGGUGAGGAUGAGGAAGAUGAGAAUGAGAAGUCGGGGAAGAAGAAAAAGAAGAAGGGUGGGAGAGGGGGCGACCUGCGCAUUCAUGACCUGGAAGACGACCUGGAGAUGAGCAGCGAUGAUAGUGACAGCAGUAUGGGGGAAGAUGGCGAGAGCAAGACAAAGGCAAAGAAAGACACAGGGAAAGGGAAAGGAAAGAAGAAGAAGAGAAAGAGCAAUGACCACGAGGCCCUGGAGGACAGCGAUGACGGUGACUACGAGGGUCUAGAGGUGGAUUACAUGUCGGAUGAAAGCAGUUCAGACGAAGAGCCAGAAAAGGGAAAGCCCAGCAAAGGAGAGGACCUUCCUAAAGGGAUCGAUGAGGCGUCUGAGAGUGAGGAAGAGAGUGAGGAGGAGAAACAGAACGAGGAGGAAGCAAAAGAGGAGGAAGAAGAAGAGGAAGGAAAGAAAACCCCGGUCCAAGUGGAAAAGAAGAAGAAAAAAGACAGCAGUGGCGAGUCGGACAGCUCAGACGACAGUGACAUCGAGGGAGAGACGGCCUCCGCUCUGUUCAUGAAAAAGCGCACGCCUCCGAAACGUGGAGGUGGGCGUGGCUCUGCAGGCAGCUCCAGGACUGGCAGUCGCCCCGGGACACCAUCCAUAGACUCUGCCUCCACCUCCAAUACACUCCGUGCUGCUGCCAGCAAACUAGAGCAAGGUAAGAGACAGACUCCAGGUCCUAGCACUGACUCACCAGCUGCCAAAAGGCUGAAGAUGGAGCCCAGCAGUCAGAGCCCUGUUCCCUCUGGGAAGACUACGCCUCAACCCCCAUCAGGCAAAUCCACUCCUAGCUCAAGUGAUGUGCAGCUAACAGAGGAAGCGGUGCGGCGCUACCUGAUCCGUAAACCGAUGACCACCAAAGACCUGCUGAAGAAGUUCCAGACCAAGCGUACAGGUUUGAGCAGUGAGCAGACUGUAAACGUGCUGGCACAGAUCCUGAAGCGCCUCAAUCCGGAGCGCAAAAAUGUGAAUGACAAAAUGCACUUCUAUCUCACUGAAUAACUGAUGAUAGGUGGCGGUGGUGGAGAGGAUGGAGAAUAGUGAAAAGGGCUGAAAAUGAAACUGUUAAGGUGAAAAAUGUUGGUGUUUUUCAGAAAGCCCUGAUCCCUGGAAGAGAGAUUUUGUGUCUGUUUUAAAACAGGUUAUGCUGUGACAUGCCACAGGAGGUUGAAACUGUCAUCACAGGUGGCAUUUAUCAAAAAAUAUUUUGUUAAGCAUCUUGAGUUGUUUUGUUUUUCAUAGUCUGAAAUCUCACAGUAAAUAAAAACAGAAACCUUGUUAAUGUUGAGUGAAAAACAGCUCAAUAUGGUUUCUCUUCAUGUGUAAACAGUUUAACUUAGAGCUUGAUGAAUGGAAAAAAAGUGUUUAACUUGUUUUUCUUAGAAAAGGUAGAAGAUUUUGUAAUAAAAUUUCAAAUCUGUAAGGCUUUUCUCUUUCUACCCCAUCUGUCAUAUACAGUUUGUUUUCAUUAGUUUUGUUAAAUUAUUAUACAAACACUAGUGUAUGGAAAUGUGACAUUUUAAUACAUAAAAACCAUUUAAUAAAGAUAUAGAGUAGAUGCAGAUGUGGAAAAUCAAAUCAUUCCAAAUGAUGAAACUGUUUCAUUCAACAUUUAAGAAAAAUGUAGCUAAAGAAACCUCUCUAAUAAUACCUUGAUGUGAAAUUCCUUCCAGAGAUUAAAAGCUGACGAGGCUUCAGUAUACUAGAGAAUAUGUACAGUAUUGUUUAAUGUGGCGCUGAAUAAACCAGUAUUGCACACAACUUGCUUGAUACCAGAACCAAAGAAUAGUGUUAAUUUUCAGUUUAGUGUUUGGUCACUUCAUGUCCGGGCAGUGUCAUAGUUGGCCACGAACCAGUCACAGGUCAUCUUUAUAGCUAGAAGGACAGGAAAAAAAACAAAUCACCAUCAGGCUGAGAGGGCAUGCAAAUACUCACAGGUCUCUCAUUUGUAUGUUGAGAAGCACAGGCUUCCCAAGGCUUUUUAUUAUUGUAACCUAUCACGCUUGUGUGACAAGUUACAGUGCAUAAGUUACAUAAAUUGUUAUAAAUAGAACAUGUUUUGAUGUUAGUUUCAUGGAUUUGUUCUGCUGCCUCUGUGCUAUCAUGUAUGCAGCACUAUUAGAUAACAUUUUAUAGGACAUUUUCAAUUUUUCUGCCAUACAGUUAAGAUUUUGUCACAUUAAAAUUGACAUGUGCUAAAAACAACA